AGUCGUGAGUUGUGCUGUAACAAGUUAACACGUGUUUGUGUCUCUCAUCACGGAAAUGGAACCGAAUAAUAUUGCGCAACGGUAUGCCAUUUAUUUUUGCAUUAAAUUGGGUGAAACCGCGACGAUAACUUUUGGUAAGCUUCAGAAGGGUUUUGGAGAGGAGGUUAUGUUAAGAUCUCAAGUGUUUCGUUGGCAUAAAAUGUUUAGUGAAGGCAGAACGAAUGUUGAAGACGAAGACCGCAGUGACCUUCAAUCUCACGGACGGAUGUCAACUUGGCCAGGGUGCAUGAAAUAGUACGAUCUGAUCGAAGAUUGUCUGUAAAAAGGAUUGCAGAAGAACUGAACAUCAAUCGAGUAAUGGUUCGUAUAAUAAUAACUGAAGAUCUUGGUAUGACAAAGAUUUGUGCAAAAAUGGUCCCCAAAAAUCUCGCACCAAAACAGCGAGAAACGCGGAAAAAUGUGGCACCCGAUAUGUUAGAGCUAAGGGAAAUCAAUCCGGAAUUGUUGAACCGUGUUAUCACUGGUGGUGAAAGUUUUUUUUUUUUUUUUCAGUACGAUCCACAGACAAAACGCCAAAGUUCGCAAUGGUGCUCAAAUGGAUCACCCAGACCUAAAAAAGCUCGCAUGUCAAAGUCAAAAGUGAAAUGCAUGCUUGUGUGCUUCUUUGAUUCCAAGGGAAUUGUUCAUAAAGAGUGGGUGCCUCCUGGACAAACAGUUAUCCAAUAUUACUACAAAGAAAUUUUAGAGAGACUUCAUAAAAGAGUUCUUCGUGUCCUUGUGAACAUUGCUUAUGAUUGGAUUCUGCAUCACAAUAAUGUGCCAUCCCGUACUGCCCUAGUCAAAACGGCGGUCAAGGGACACCAUUUCCAAACAACACAAGAUGCCCAAAAAGCUGUGACGAGGGUCUUGGAGGAUAUUACAGAAGAUGAGUUCCAGACAUGUUACCAUCAACGGCAGAAGCGCUGGAGAAAGUCUGUGCAGUCAGGAGGGAACUACUUUGAAGGAGACAACACUAAACUUGACUAAAACGGUAAGCAACAUUUUUUUUCUCAUCAUUCUCAUUACUUUAUUGUCGCACCUUGUACCGUUUCCUAACUGCAGACUACCACAAUCAAGAGUGUUCACUUAUAUGUUCAAUACGCUGUGUGACACUGGUACAGUGCCUAGCAGUUAAAUGAACAGACUGUGGAUGAACUAGAAGACAUUCAGUCGGUAGAAAGUAGUUCUUCAACAAUCACACGUGGAACUUGUGCACGUAUCGGUGUUCCACAUACAAGAGUAUGUACGCACGCAUUACAUCCGUAUUAUUUACAGCUCAUUCAACACCUUGGAGCAUGAGAUGAAGAUAGAUGAUUGGAGUUUUGUCAUUGAAUACUUGAAAAUCGCCAGGCAAUCCCAUUUUUAUUCUUCACCGAUGACGCCAAUCUCACUGGUGGCAGCAUCAAUAACGCUCGUAAUUCACAUCAGUGGUCUGACGAAAACACACAUGAAACUGUGCAGAUAUAUUUUCAACAACGCUUCUCUGUAAAAGCGUGCUGUCCUUUGACAGACAAUGGGUUGAUUGGGCCUGUUGUGUUAUCGCAUAGUCUUAUAGGACACCGUUGUCUACACUUUCUUGAAAAUGAACUUCCAGCAUAAUUGAAAGAGAUUCCUUUGGCUACAAGAAUGCUAAUGUUCAUCCAGCAUGGUGGGGCUCCUGCACAUUGUGGUCGCCAUGUGACAUAAUCUAAACCUUACAUUCCCCAGAAGAUGGAUCUGUAGAUGUGGGCACAUUUGUGGGCCACCAAGGACCCCAGACGUUACCCUUUUGGAGUUUUGGCUGUGGGGAUGUCUGAAAGGCGAAGUAUACAAAGAAAAAGUAACCACAAGAGCCGAUUCGAUCAUUCGGAUUAUGAGUAGUGCAGCCCUCAUAAAACAACACAAAGACGACUGCAGAAGAGUUGCAUCUGGUGUUAUCAAGAGAAGUCAAAAGUUCAUUGAUGUUGGCUGUGGAACUUUUGAAAAUCAACUAUAAAUGUCCUCAUUUGCCUUUGUUUUAAGUUUGUUUCGAUUACAAACUAACAGCUAUGUCCCUAUACUCAAUAAAAAUUGGACACAUGU